CAAGGUAUAAAUGUAGGCCGUCCAAGAAAAACGUCCAAGUUUAUUCACAAGAAGCUCAGAAGAGGAGCGAUCUGUAUACGACAAAUUCUCAUAUAGUUCUUCAGUUCAGUGGUCGAUAAAGAAGGAUAACUACAGCCUUUGAAGACACUGUUGGGUCACUGAAGACUUCAUGCAUUCGCUGCAGUUUUAUCCUUGAAUCGUUUGAAUCUGAGAAUCCCUUGCCCGCGGCCUUGAUGGAGAGGUUCAAGUCGAACGCGGGGGAGCACGUGAACCCCGCUUAUGACAGCAAUCUGGAUGGACCUCCUACUUACCAGGAUGUGCGCGCGGUGCGGCCCUCGGUGGUCAGCGCCUUCGGUCACGACACUUUGGACCGAGUGCCCAACAUCGAUUUCUACCGCAAUGCGGGCAGCAUGAGCGGUCACCGUGCCGUGCGGCCAUCCCUGCAGGAGCUCCAUGAUGUGUUUCAGAGGAACGGAGCCAUCUCUGUGCCGGACACAGUGCAGGACGACAAGGAUGACGACGAGAGCGAUGGGUCACCCUACGAUGAUGUGGAGUCUGCCGAUCCCCCCGAAAAAAUGCAAGGGGGGGUGAAGUUUGGCUGGAUCAGGGGCGUCCUGGUGCGAUGCAUGUUGAACAUCUGGGGUGUCAUGUUGUUCAUCCGUCUGUCGUGGGUUUUCGGUCAGGCAGGCUGGGGUUUGGGCAUCGUGGUCAUUGCUCUCAGCUGCGUGGUCACCACCAUCACUGGUCUGUCUAUGUCGGCCAUCUGCACCAACGGCGUCGUCCGAGGAGGCGGAGCCUACUACAUGAUAUCUCGCAGUCUGGGACCCGAGUUUGGUGGAUCGAUCGGCCUCAUUUUCGCCUUUGCCAACGCCGUGGCCGUAGCCAUGUACGUGGUGGGGUUCGCCGAGACUGUGGUGGAUUUGCUCAAGGAGAACAACGCCAUCAUGGUGGAUCCGAUAAACGACAUCCGAAUCGUCGGCUGCAUCACGGUGGUGCUGCUGUUGGGCAUAUCGGUCGCAGGGAUGGAAUGGGAGGCCAAGGCCCAGCUCGUUCUGCUCGUCAUCCUGCUGAUCGCCAUCGUGAACGUGUUUGUGGGAACUUUCAUCCCCGCAACGCCAACAAAGAAAUCCCAGGGAUUCUUCAACUAUAACUCAAAAAUAUUCUUAGAAAAUUUUACGCCGGCCUUCCGCGAAAAUGAGUCAUUUUUCUCGGUGUUCUCCAUCUUUUUCCCUGCGGCAACGGGAAUCCUGGCUGGAGCCAACAUCUCUGGAGACUUGCGGGAUGCCCAAAAAGCUAUCCCGAAAGGUACCUUGCUGGCCAUCCUGAUCACUGGUAUCACCUACUUGGGUGUUGGCCUAUGUGUCUCUGCCACUGUUGUCCGUGAUGCCACAGGAAACACUACGGAUCUCAUCAAUCCCGGCACGGUGUGUAACGGCUCGGCAGCGGUUGCCUGUGAGCUCGGCUAUGAUUUCUCUUCCUGUGCCGUGGAAAAGUGCAAGUUUGGCUUGAUGAACAACUUCCAGGUGAUGACCAUGGUGUCUGGGUUUGGUCCCCUCAUCAUCGCUGGAACAUUCUCAGCUACCCUGUCUUCAGCUCUGGCUUCCCUCGUCAGUGCUCCCAAAGUCUUCCAGGCUCUGUGCAAAGACAACAUCUACAAGAUUCUGUACUUCUUUGCCAAGGGACACGGCAAGAAUGACGAGCCGAUCCGCGGCUACGUCCUCACGUUCAUCAUCUCCGUGGCCUUCAUUCUCAUCGGUGACCUGAACAUGAUCGCUCCCAUCAUUUCAAACUUCUUCCUGGCUUCUUACGCGCUCAUCAACUUCUCCUGCUUCCAUGCCUCCUGGGCCAAGUCUCCAGGUUGGAGACCUGCAUAUAAAUUCUACAACAUGUGGCUGUCACUGGUGGGCGCCAUACUCUGCUGUGUCGUCAUGUUUGUCAUCAACUGGUGGGCAGCUCUCAUCACGUACGGCAUCGAAAUCCUCCUCUACGUUUAUGUCACGGUCAAGAAGCCGGAUGUGAACUGGGGGUCGUCCAAGCAGGCGGUGACGUUUGUGAGCGCGGUCAGCAACGCUCUGUCUCUGUCUGGUGUCGAGGACCACGUCAAGAAUUUCAGGCCUCAGAUCUUAGCGAUGAUGGGUUCACCAAAGACCAGACCAGCUCUUCUGGACCUGGCUCACUCGCUCUCUAAGGACUAUGGUCUCUGUCUCUCCUGCGAAGUCUUUGUGGGUCCGAGAUCGGAGAUUCUCCAAGACAUGAACUCCAACAUGGAGAAGAACCAGCUGUGGCUCAGGAAGAGCAAACGAAAGGCUUUUUACGCCGCCGUGGCCUGCGAUGAGUUCAGGGAAGGGACUGACAGCCUUCUGCAGGCUUCUGGUCUCGGCCGCAUGAGGCCCAACAUUUUAAUGAUGGGCUUUAAGAGAAACUGGAGGACGGCAGGUGCAGAGUCGGUGCAGACUUAUGUGGGCAUACUGCAUGAUGCGUUUGACUUUGAGUACGGGACGGCGUUACUGCGGAUGAAGCACGGACUUGAUAUGUCGCACAUCGUCGAAGCUGAAGAGGAGAUGCUGAAGGCAGCCAGGGAGCAGGAGGCAGUGGAGAGCGAAGGGCUGCCGAAUGGAGGGAAAGCGAAAGGACUGUUCAGGAAGUCCAGGAAAUCGUCUCAGCAAGUGCCAACGACCAGAGUGUCAGUGUGUGGCCCUCCGCCUCCGCAGAUCGCCAAGAUAAAUGACAAGCUGAUGGAGGCCAGCGCUCACUUCAAGAAGAAACUGCCCAAGGGCACGAUUGAUGUGUGGUGGCUGUUUGACGAUGGAGGUCUAACGCUGCUGCUUCCCUACAUCCUCACCACCAGAAAGAAGUGGAAAGACAGUAAAUUAAGGAUCUUCGUUGCAGGACAACCUGAACGCAGUGAGCUGGACCGACAAGAGAUGAACUCUUUGUUGAAGAAAUUCCGGAUUAAGUGCGACGACAUCAUCGUCAUUGACGACCUCCACGUCAAACCGCGCGCUGACAGUUUGAAGCGGUUGGAGGACAUGAUCGAGCCGUUCCGUGUGCGCGGGCCUCAGGUCGAGGCCGCCCAGCAGCGACAGCAGCCGUGGAAGAUCACCGACGAGGAGCUGAGCAGCUUUGAGGAGAAGACCAACCUGCAGGUGCGACUGAACGAGCUGCUGCAGGAACACUCCAAACUGGCCAACGUCAUCUUUGUGAGUAUGCCCAUCGCUCGCAAGGAAGCUGUGUCCGACUACCUCUACAUGACCUGGCUGGACAUUCUCACAAAGGACCUCCCCCCAACGCUGCUCAUCCGAGGGAACCACAAGAGUGUGCUGACUUUCUACUCCUGAGCACCUCGCAAAGGCUUAAUAGCAUGGGGGUUUGCAGAACCAUAGAAGGUUGAAAGUCCUCCGUGUUCCCACAUGAGAGUAGAAGAACAAUCAGCUGUUUUAUUUACUGAUGAAGCUUUUCCUUGAUACAGUCCCAGCACGACUCGGCUCGACUCGGCUCGUUUUGUUUUUCCGCUUUUCCAUUAGCGAUAGUACCUGGUACCCAGCGAGGUUCCAAGCGAGCUGAGCUGAUACUAAAUUGUGACGUCGUCAGAGAGCAUCGUCACCGGAAGACACCGGAAUCAAACCGAACAAUGCCGAACUGUAGAUCAGUCCAAAAAGACUUCAAAUGUCCUGAAAACACGCGGUAAUCUCUAACGUUUAGCAGCGAAACGUCCAAAAUCUCAAUAUUUAACAGAGGAGUCUGGUGUAUUUAGCGACAGCGCUGCCAAAAGCCAAACUAUUUCAGUUCAGUGACACUAAACCAAAUGGAGUCGAGUGGUGCUAGAACUGUAUCAUGGAAAAGUGCCAUAACACAUACUGUAAGUGGCGUACUGGACAACGGCGUAAUCAAAAUUCACUCUCCACUCGCGGCUCGCGUCUUAUUUUGAGCUGCUUCAUCAGGGCUAAUGGGGAGUUCACCAGCAAGUAAACCUGUAAAACUAGUUAACUGGUAAAACUGGUUAAAAAAAAAAAACAAAAACAAAAUGUGAGUUUAGGAGCAGAGGCACAGUUUGAGGUGACUUUACAUGUGUGUGUGAGUGUGUGUGUGUGUCAGGGUCAGUCCAUUGAUCAAAAAGCAGAAAAACAUGGUUCCACCUACAGGGAACAUGUUGUCUGACUGUAAAAUACAUGUAUAUAGUAGACGUCUGAAUUCACGAGUAGAUAUUUUUGAGCUAUAAAGACGAUGAUUAGUAUGUUAGUGUAAAAUACACUGUUAUUAUGGAGCUGUUUAGCCUUCUUUCUCUCUCUCUCUCUCUCCACAUGAUAAGCUUUUAAUUUCACUUUCAGCACACGUAUCUCACAUGCAAAUUCCUUCUAUAUAUUUUAGCCUUUUUUCUGUAUUUCUAUUUAAAUGUGAAAUUGUGAUUGUAUAAAGAAUUAAUA